GCAACAAAUUCAUAACUUAGAAAAAGAAUGAAAAAGAGUGGAAAACACAUUAUUUAUCCGUGUUAUAAUAUUAUCUCUUUAUCCUUCUUGUCAUCCCUUUUCUUCAAUUUUGGCUUUCAGAUGCAAAUCAAAAGAACCGCGAUUUCGAAUUUAAAAUGCCCACUCUCUCUGAAUACCCGAAUUCCUCAGCACGCUUGUUGGCGGACAGCGUGGAGGCGGAGCGACGGCUGCGUGAGGCUGAGGACCGAUUGAGGGAAGCAAUACAGGAGCUCCAGAGGCGUCAGAGGACGGCGGCGAGUGGCGACGACCCGCCCUGCGACCAUGCUGAUGACUCCUGCGUGGCCAAUGCCAUUGGUAAUCUUUGCCAAAGCUUUCUCCUUUCUUAUGGCGUUAGAGUAGGUAUCGGGAUUCUUCUUCGCGCUUUCAACCUCGCCAGACGACAGUCUUAUUCUUCGCUUCUUGAUCUCAAGCAACUUGUCUCCGAGAAAGAUUUGAUGGUGAGAGAGGAAGCAUGCCGCAUUGGUUUACUUUUUGGUGGUUUCACAGGAUCAUACCAUGCGCUUAGAUGUUUACUAAGAAAACUGAGAAAGAAAGAGACACCAGUGAACGCAAUUUUAGCAGGUUCGAUUGCGGGGUUAUCCAUUUUGGCUUUGGAUGAUUCAAGCCGAAGACGUACACUUGCACUGUAUCUUCUAGCUAGAGUAGCACAGUGUGCUUACAAUUCUGCAAAGUCAAAAAAUAAGUUUCACUUUUGGGGAAGUCAUUGGAAGCAUGGUGAUUCUCUGCUCUUUUCUUUAGCUUGUGCCCAGGUUAUGUAUGCCUUUGUGAUGCGUCCUGAAAGCUUGCCAAAAGCAUAUCAAGAUUUUAUCCAGAAGACUGGUCCUGUUGCAGCUCCUGUAUACAAGGCUGUAAGGGAAAACUGUAGAGGUGCUCCAGUGAAUGUUGCAUCUAUUUCAGCCUACUUAUCUAGUCGAGGGAAGGCCAAUAAUGUGAAGUUGGAAGAGUUCCCAUCUAUUAUUCCUUGUUCUAUUAUUCAUCCCGACACAAAUUCUUGUCUAUCGCACAAUGCUAAGGCUGCAUCAGCUACAUUCAGGAAAACGUUUCCUCUGUACUUCUCUUUGACGUUUGUGCCAUUUGUUGUUCUGCACCUACAGAAGUUUUUGGAUACCCCUGCUCGUACCUGUUGGCUUGCUGUUAAAGGUUCUGUUCGAUCAACAACUUUCUUGUCUGCAUUUGUUGGAAUUUUUCAGGCGGUUAUAUGCAUGCAUAGAAAGAUUGCAUCAAAAGACCACAAGCUGGUAUAUUGGGUCGCUGGUGGUUUAUCAGCUCUUUCUGUAUUACUGGAGAAAAAAGCUAGACGCAGUGAGCUUGCUCUAUAUGUUCUUCCUCGAGCUGGGGAAUCGUUGUGGUAUAUUUUGGUUAACAGGAAGCUACUUCCUGAUGUUAAAAAUGCCGAGGUUGCCUUAUUUUGUGCAUGCAUGGGAGGGAUCAUGUACUACCUAGAAUAUGAGCCAGAUACUAUGGCCCCUUUCCUUCGGGGAUUAAUCCGUCGCUUCCUGGCAAGCAGAAUAAGCAAUCCUGGCCUGUCAGUUAAUCAGACAACUUCCUAUACCUACUUACAGACUCCUGAUGCCGUUAAGAAGCCAAAAAUACAGGAAAACCCAGAGGUAGAAACUUCAACUCCAAAACAAUACAAUCUUGAAUCUAUACCAGGGCUCUAAGCAGGUUUUUGUAGAUAACCACUGAAAUUUCAAUGAACCACACGCAUUCUUUCCGUUGCA